UCAGCAGGGUGGGUAAAUAUUAGCUUCUUCUUUUUUUUCUCAAUCUCUAAACAGAAUAAGUUUUUUUUCUUUUUGUUUUCUGUAUGGUUGAUCAUGCAAAUUUAGCAUAUUGUGAAGUUCUCCUUUUGUUUCCGUGAAAUCUGAUUUGGACCUAUUUUACUUGGAAGAAUUCAUGUAAACUGAUUCGGAGUACUUGGAGCCAUUUAGCCAAGAUCGCUGGAUUUGAUUGUAAGAGUUUCUAAGGACCAGAUUUUAAAAGCAACCAGAUAACACCGUGGCCUACAAAAAGAUGUCUUCAGUGUGGACUUCUGUCUUUCCCUGGGUAUUUUUGUGUUUGUUCAGCCCAGUAGCAACGGCAGAUCCAUCAGAAACUAUAAUCAUCAAUAAGGAUAGAGCAACAAAAGGAGAGGGAUCAUGUGUCACAAUUAGCUGCAUAUAUUGGUUUAAAGAAAAUAUGAUACUGUUGUGGCUUAAAGAUCCUAAGUGGAAUGCAACGAAACAUGCAUUUGAUGGAACGGUUGUAUAUAGUAAUACAAAUGAGCGGCUACAGGACCUUCAGUACUCUAACAGAGUGAAAUUUAUUCAUGAACCCAAUACUUGGGCCACAUGUUCAUUACAAAUUAAUGAUCUUAAAGUGAAUGACAGUGGAAACUAUACGUUUAGGUACAUAAAAGGAAAUGACAAAUAUUUGAGUAAAAUAUUUACUCUCACAGUCAAGGAAAAUCCCUGCAAAGUCCACAUUAAGCCACCAAAUUUGAACAGGUCACUUAAAGAAGGUGACACUGUGAGUUUAUACUGUGCAACAUCAGCAGACUGUUAUUCACAUCCUCAGUGGUCUGGUCAAAGUGAUUUUAAUGUGAAAAUGGAUGAUGUUGGGGAAAAAUACAGUGAGCUGAAUUUAACCUUAAACUGGAAAGAUGAUGGGAGAACUUUGAUAUGUCAACCUCCUAAUAGAACUUCUGAGGACUGCCUGGAUAGGAGUUUUACACUUAAAGUGGAAUAUGCACCCAAAGAAACAAAAGUGUCUGAGACCUCUAAGGAUGUGAAAGAAGGAGAACAAGUGAAAAUUUCAUGCUCCAGCAAGGCCCAACCUAACCCUAACUUCACAUGGUUUAAACAUCAAAACUCUUUUUCCCAGAUUGGAGAAAAUCUUAGUUUAUAUGUUAAGGCACCAGCAGAUGGAGGCAGAUUCUACUGUCAGGCUAAAAAUGAACAUGGACAUGACAAUUCAACUGACAUACUAAUCAAUGUCAUUUAUGCACCAAAAGGUGUCCAUAUCAGUCCUGCAUUCAAGAACCUCACCGAAGGAGAGCAGCUUACUCUCACAUGCUUGGUGCAAGACAGCAAUCCAGCAGUCGAAAGUCAUUCCUAUAAAUGGUACAAAGAUGAUCAAGAGAUUGAUUAUCAAACAAAAAAUACACUUAAUGUGUUAGGUGUAACACAAACUGAUAAAGGAGACUACCAAUGUAAGGCCAAAAAUUCAGUAGGAGAGACCAAAUCUGUCAACAUUACCAAAGUAUCUGUGUUGCAUGUUCCACAAAACGCAUUGAUUCAGGGCGUAAGCGAAAUAAAGUUGGGUUUCAGCCUUAACCUUAAAUGUGUUACAGAGGCCAAUCCUCUUCCCAACACUUAUCACUGGUAUUUUAAACCAGAUCGUGGACAACGGUUUCUCAUGCUUUCACGCAAGGAUGAGGUGUACCAAAUUGAGAAUGUGGCUGUUAGUAAUGCUGGAGUGUAUGUGUGUAGUGCACAGAAUGUUAUAGGUACAGGAGGAAACUCUUCUCAAAUGAAUGUUCUGGUGCUCUAUCCACCCAAAAAACCAAAUCUGACCAUGAAACAAGUUGUAAAGGAAAAUGAAUUUUAUUCUGUCACAUGUUCUGUAGAAAGCUCACCCCAGGGAAAUCUCAUGCUAAGCAGAUCCUCUCUGACAAACCCUGAAAAUGGCAGAACAAUACUUCACACAACAUUUGCGUCCAACUUUCUCAAUUUUACUUCCAAAGCAUCCAUGGAACAUGCAGGUGUGUAUACUUGCUCAGCGAAAAACUCAGAGGGACAAAACUCCACAAAUCAAUACCUGAAGGUUUUGUAUGCCCCUAAAAAUGUUAUAGCAACAGCAUCUCCUGGUAACGAGCUAAAGGAAGGAUCUGAACUUAAACUUACCUGCAAAGCUGAUUCUGUGCCUCAAGUGUCUGCUUACAUAUGGAAGAAAUCCUCAAGACCACACACAGUGACAGUAGGAAAUGGACAGACAUUAACACUCACUUUAGUGAAGAGCUCCGACUCGGACCAUUACUUUUGUAUCACCAGCAAUGAAAUGGGAAGUACUGAGUCCCCAACAAUAUAUAUCAGAGUCAAAUAUCGGCCACGCAUAACCAUUAUCCAUAAUAUGACAUCACUGGGUCUAUUGGAUGAGGCGGUUCCAGUCCACCUAAGUUGUAGUGUUCAGUGUGAUCCACCAGCCACUUUCUUUGCAUGGUACAGGCUGGAGGAAAAGACUGUCCUGUCAAAUAAUCAGAAUUACACAGUACAGCCACAAAACCCAGGAACGUACUACUGUGAUGCAAGCAAUGAAAUUGGGAACUCAAGAUCUGACCCAUUCGAAAUAAAUCAUAACCAAAACAUUAAACUGCUCAUCAUCGUCAUCAUCUCCUUAUUGGCCAUCCUCUUUCUAAUCGGUGUCCUGUUUCUGAUUCUGAGAAUCGUCCUGACAAAAAGAUGUAAAGGAACAAAUGAGGCACCUCAACGGUCAUUUUUCUUCUCAGCACCUCCAUUAUGGUCAAACUUGCGGUCAUCUGGCUCACGUAACAACAUUAGGGAGAACCUGGUGAUGGAGGGAUCUUCAGAGAUCUUUGGGAUCAUAGACAACCAUUCAAGCACUGCUGUUUACUCAAAUCCCCAAGCCAACAGGAACACACCAGCAGGAAGGCCAAAUUAUGACAUUCAAACAACGUACGAUGUUUUAAAGUUGCCUCCAACUAAGCUGAAACAUCUUCAUACAGAAGAGGAUUUAACCACUGUGAACUAUGCUAUGCUACAGUUCAUGGACAACAAUCCAGAUAAAAGUGUACCAAGCCUUGACAGUGGUGAGCCAGACUAUGCUCAAGUUUCAAAACAGAAACAUAUAGCAAAGGAACAACAAGGUGGUCAUGAAGAUUAUGAAAACGUGUCUGGUGGGUGCACUAAGAAGCAGCCAUUUCCAAACAUAAACUGGGACUCGGACACCAGUGAAUCAGAAGAUGAGGUGAAUUAUACAAAAGUGUCAUUCACUGCAACAUCACACCAUAAUCCACAGAAGGAUAAACACUUUUCAGAUGAGGAAGACAAAACUGAAUACUCUGAGGUCAAAAUUUAAGGUUAAAAAGAACAUUUAUGAAUGUGUGUAUAUAAAACAGAGCACCGUUGUGUGCUUCCAUGGGAGUAAGUCUUUUCAUUUAUCUGUGGCUAAAUAUUCCAUAUCUGAUUCUAAUUUAACUGAAUGUUAAAUUUGAAUUUUUCUGAGAAAAUGUAUAUACAGUAUGUUACCAAAAUGACAUGAAAACUUUUCUAACAUUGCCAUGUUGUGUUAAGCUAGUUUCUCAAAUGUGGGGGUAAAAACAGUCUACAUAAAGAUGUUUAAAACCUUGCUUGCUAAUUGUGAUUUCCCCUCACAGUGAAUGUUCAGUUUGAAAUUAAAUAAUGACAAUUAAAAUAUUUGAGAACAUUUACAUUGGUGGCUUUUGCUGAUAAUUAAAGUGCUGACCUUUUUUUUUGCUCAAACUGUGUUGUAAUUUUCUUUAUUUUAUAUUAUUGUAUGUUAUAAAUGUAUGAAAGUUUUUAAUGUGAUUUAAUUUAGUUCCUUAUCAAUUUUUGGGGAAAAGGAAAGUAAACCCUCCUAACAUUCUAUGUUUUUAGUUUUUAUAAUGUUGAUAAAAAUAUUUGUAAAGAUUAUUACUAGUGUUUAGAACCACCUUUAGACACAAUAAAGUAUUUUUUGUGAUUGGUUUGAGGAUUUUUGGCCCACACAUUGCUUCAGAAUUGUGAUGUUUAAAGGCAUACAUUCAUGCAAAGCUCUCUUAACAUUUUUCCACAUAAGUUUAAGGUCUGGACUUUGACAUGGCCAAAGUGUUGGUAGUAGGAAAGGUGUACUUAUUUUUUCUAAAUCUUUUGGAUUGUAUAAAAUGACUACAUACUGAAAUAUAUUGUUUUUUGUAGUCAUCUACAGUAAGUAUAUUGUUUUGUUAAUAUAGAAGACAGAGAGGAUCACAUGAUUAUUAUUUAGACAGUGGGAAACAAUCAUAGAAUUAAAGAAGGGUAUAUUUUCUUUUACCCCAUCCAUUUACAUUUAGAUUUUUUAGCUUUUGACUGUUAUAAUGAGUAUUUUAUAAUGAGUGCUGUUUUUGUUUAUCUUUGUGCAGACAUUUGUGCGGAACAAAUUUUCUAAUAAAAGAAAAUAAUA